AUGGGUGUAACCGACAAAGUCUGGGGCGACUACCCUGUCUACUACAAGCAGCCUAUUAGAUGGGCUCGUUACCACGCACAUACGAAACCACACUUCUUUUUCUCGGUGCUUUUGGGUGUGCUGGCGCCAGUGUUGUUGUUGUUGACUCCUUUGAGACAGAAGUUCCUUUAUGAGAAUCACGAGCCCAUCCCUCAUGUUUACCCCUUGCCCACGAGGCCAAGAGAUAAGAGUUUGAAGGGUUACGACGACGAGUAA